GCCCUCCCUGCUACUCUCUCGCUCUCUCUCUCUCUCUCUCUCUCUCUCUCUCAAGUUCUCUCUGGAAAAUUCUACUUCAUCCAGCAUGUCUGCCGAAUCUGCCACUGCAAUUCAAAGAAACCAAGCUGACCUACUCGACUUCAUCGACUGGACUGGAGUCGAGUGCCUCAACCAAAGCACCAGUCAAUCUCUUGCCAAUGCUCUCAAGCAGGGUUACAGAGAAGAUGAUGGUUUGCAUCUGGAGAGUGAUGCAGAUGAGCAGCUUUUGAUCUAUAUACCGUUUACACAAGUUAUUAAACUGCAUUCUAUUGCCAUCAAAGGACCUGAAGAAGAAGGUCCCAAGACUGUGAAACUUUUCUCAAAUAAGGAGCACAUGGGAUUUAGUAAUGUCAAUGACUUUCCUCCAAGUGAUACAGUUGCUUUAUCCUCAGAUAACCUUAAGGGGAAGCCAAUAGUUUUGAAGUAUGUCAAGUUUCAAAAUGUUCGCAGCUUAACAAUUUUUAUUGAGGACAAUCAAUCUGGUUCUGAAAUCACAAAAGUUCAAAAGAUUGUCCUAUAUGGAUCCACGGUGGAAACCACUGAUAUGAAGGGAUUGAAGAAGAUCGAGGACCAUUGAACCACUGACUCAAAAGGAGCAAAGAAAAGAAGAAAGAUGGUGAUUACAUUUGAGUAAUUUGGAAUUAUCAUUAACCUGUCAAUUUUAAUCUUUCAGAAUUUUGAUUGAAUAUGCAGUUCACAAUUCUAUGCAUGAAUUAUGGGGGUUCUAUGUCAACACCUUUCUCAGAAUUCCUAUGGGACACGCCUUGUAUUCAAAUGUUCAAAUCAUGAAGUUCCUUUGAAAUCUCUUGUUUGGCCGACUCAGGUUGCAAAUGCUAGUACCUUGUGGAAAUAAAAAAAUGGCUCUAUUUUUCCGUCUGUAAUGGAAAAGGGGCCUUGGAAUGAUUAAAA